AUGAUGCUUAAGGUACAGCAAUAUGAUUUAAAAGUUAAAUAUACCCCAGGUAGUGCAUUGUAUAUUGCUGAUACUCUGAGUCGGGCUGGUCCAAAUAGCAAGUUAGAGGGUACGAGUGAGAGUGAUGAAUUUGAAGUUCAUUUGGUAGUACCAAUCUCGAAAGAAAAGACAGAAGAGUUUAAGUCGGAAAUGGAUCGAGAUAUUGUUAUGUCAAAGCUGAAAGAAAUGGUAUUGCGAGGCUGGCCAGAUAAAAUUUCAGAAGUAGAUCAGGAUGUACAAGCAUAUUGGAAUUUCAGAGAUGAAUUAUGCAUUUGUGAUGGUCUUUUAAUGAAAGGAGAUCGCUUGAUUACACCGUCUAGUCUGCGUACAGAAAUGCUAGAUAAGAUACAUAGUAGUCAUUUGGGAAUGGAGAAAUGUUUAAAUCGAGCUAGGGAUUGUUUAUUUUGGCCUGGUAUAACUAAACAAAUUCAAAAGAAAGUUGAGAAAUGUCAAACUUGUAACAGAUACAGGAAUAAGCAAGUGAAAGAGCCAUUAAUGCCACACGAAGUACCUGUUCGACCUUGGCAGAUUUUAGCAGCUGACAUGUUUAUAGUGGGAAAAGACAAUUAUUUGGUUCUAGCGGAUUAUUAUUCUAAAUAUUUUGAAUUAAACCAGCUCUCGGACAGCACUAGUAUCACAGUAGUUAAGGUUCUUAAACAACAAUUUGCUAGACACAGAAUUCCUGAGAUUUUAUAUACUGAUAAUGGUCCUGAGUUUGCCAGCAAGGAAUUUUGUGCAUUUGCCAGCCAGUACCAGUUUCAACAUGUCACGUCUUCACCGCGGUUUCCUCAAAGCAACGGUUUUGUUGAAAGAACUAUACAAAAAGCGAAGAAGUUGUUAAAAAAAGCUUAUGAUGAUGGCCAUGAUCCUCAUUUGGCAAUAUUGGAAUUGCAAAAUAUUCCAAUCCAAGGG